UGCCCCGCAAGUGGGGGGCCAGGCGGGGCAGGUGGGCCGGGCCACGUGUCUGAACUCAUUGUGCCAAAUUGUUAAUUUGUUUCUCUCAAGGAUGUGGUGAGCUUGGCCGGCUGGCGGCUGGAUGGCCGGGAUGGGCGAGGCCUCAGUUCGGAGGUAUGAGCGUACAUGACGUGAAGCACGUCGGUUGGGUGAGGCACCAACCCUGCUGCCACUUUCACAGAAGGAAGGCACGUCCCCACAGAACACGCCGGACGAGGGGUGCGGGCGGGAAUGUGGGCGCGGAGGGCUGGGCGCUGGCCAUUGCCAUUGCCGGCGGCUAUGGUAAUGAUUUUUUUCUUUUCCGCACCGCGCUCAUCGUUGUUGCCUGCACGCACCGCUCUCGCUACGAUCGCGACGCCUCAGCCUCGCGGACGGCAGGAGAGGAAUGCAUGCGUGGCGUGCGCAGUGGGCGCCGCGGCCGUGGUAAUCGGUGGCGUAGCAGGAGGCCGUCGAUACCUGAACACAUUCACUGUACCAGAUCGGGACGAUCUGGAGCGGCGCGCUUCUUCCGCAGCGCCGAGGCCGGGGAGCAGCUUGCGCUGGGCGUGCUGGGAGCUUGGGGCCCGUGAUCGUCGAUACACAUGUGUACAACCGCGUGGAUCGCGGUUGUUUGAAUGAUCGUUCUGAUCGUCCAAUCCUUUCGACGCGGCGGCCGUUGAUCUGUCGACGGAUCAACGGCCAAUACAUCCCAAGUCGGGGCGGGUGGGGGUGGGGGUGGGGAGGAUUCGUCUUGAUCGUCCGUGUUCCCACGAUUUCAAGCAUCCCUGCACUACUUCGACGUGUGCUGCCGUUACGAUGCAGAGCCGCCGGCGUUCGGGGAGGUGCCAGGGUUUGCCCAGAGUCGUU